GUCUGAUUUAAAUGAGUUACCAAACAUGUUCUUCCUGUUUUUAUAUCCAUCUUCUACGAUAUAUGCAAUGAUGCAUUUCUGUAGAUCAAACCAGCCAACAGGAAAUACAGGAGGUACAAUGCAACAUACACAUGAAUGCAGCAGUAAUAUCAAGCCAGAAACAUCAGCUAUAACAAUAAAACAUUUUACUAAUCAAUCAAUAUUUUUACUUUAACUACUGAUAAUACUUAAAUACCUUUACUUUAGUAAGGUUUUUAAUGCAGGACUUGCAGUGGAGUAUUUUCACAGUGUGGUAUUAGUACUUUUACUGCAGUAGAGGAUCUGAAUACCUCUUCCAGUGGUAGUACUGCGUGAUUACUGAUUCUGUCCUCAGUCUGACCAGUGCACGAGUCUUCAGGGAUUCCUGAUCUUCCACAGCUUCGGGGGCGGUACCGGCUCUGGUUUCACCUCCCUGCUGAUGGAGCGUCUCUCUGUAGACUUCGGCAAGAAGUCCAAGCUGAAGUUCGCCAUCUACCCGGCUCCCCAGGUGUCCACCGCUGUGGUGGAGCCGUACAACGCCAUCCUGACCACCCACACCACCCUGGAGCACGCUGACUGCACCUUCAUGGUGGACAACGAGGCCAUCUACGACAUCUGCCGCAGGAACCUGGACAUUGAGCGCCCGUCCUACGCCAACCUGAACCGGCUGAUGAGUCAGAUCGUGUCCUCCGUCACGGCCUCCCUUCGUUUUGACGGAGCCCUGAACGUGGAUCUGACGGAGUUCCAGACCAACCUGGUGCCCUACCCUCGAAUCCACUUCCCUCUAGUCACCUACGCUCCGAUCAUCUCAGCGGAGAAGGCCUACCACGAGCAGUUAACCGUGGCAGAGAUCACCAACGCCUGCUUUGAGCCAGCCAAUCAGAUGGUGAAGUGUGACCCUCGCCACG